AUGCUGGUGGAUUUGAAGAAGACAACGGCGGCGCUCACACUCACCGCCACCACCACACCGACUUUUCUGCAAGGUCGGGGACUGGAGCAGCAGAAGACCAAGCCUUCGUCACCGUCGCUCUUCUCGGCGACUCAGUUUGCGGGUGCUGGUGCUCGUCAGGAGGACUCCCUGUCGGCUGCUGCCACGCCCACCAAGUGUUCAACACCUGGCUCGCCUGUCAAUGUCUGCUGGAACCAUGUUGCGGUUGCGUUCCCAGCUACUAGCAUGCCGGCUACGACUUCCAUGGGUGUCGGGAACAACAUGUUGCAAAGCAUGGGUGAGGCUGGCAUAGACACCUCUACAGGCUGUUCGGCCCAUGUUCUAUCCUGGCCGAGCGAAGAUCCUGGUGCACGCACCCGGGAUGUCGACACCGACAGAGUAGGCAUCUCCGACGUGCUCACCAACAUUGGAGGUGUGUCCCUGUUUCUAGAGCUAUGUGUGGAUGCUCUUGGUGAAAUGCUUGAGAAAAUGCCUCUCAAGGAGGUGGUGUGCAAUGAGGGGGUUGUCGACAGCGUGCUCACUCAUAUAGGUAGCUCCUCUCUGUUCCUGGAGCUGGGUACAAGAACUCAUCAAGAUCUUCAAGGUCAGGUGGACUCCAAUCAUGGAGUGUGGGUUCCACGUGAUCCUUUUGGCACAAUGAUAGUCAAACUGGAGAAGGUGCAAUGUGUCAAUAUUAAGCAGUACAUUCACAGCUUUGGACAUACAAGGUUAGAGCUGACUGGCUACUCCGAUGUAGUGUUGAACUAUACAAGAUUGUGGCCAACGGAGGAGAUGGACAGGUUAAGUAGCCCUUGGGAUCCUGGAGAUUCACGGUUUCCAUGCUUGGUGCUAAAUAGCAAAAAAAAUGCUGGAUAUACCACUGGUUACUUCAUGCACAAGCUGCUAAGAGAUUCAGCUGUUUGGGAGGACAACAAAUCAGUACUUCUUGCCGUUGAACUUUUUGUGCAAUGGGACCCUGGAAUUAUAAAGAUUUCUAUGCAUGCAAAGUCUGACAUUGGUAAGUUGGUAAGUACUCUAAGGCAGCUUCUGAAUUCAAUUACAGGAAAUCGGCGUUCUCAUAGUUAUCCUAAGCUGGAGCUGGUAAUAUACAAUUCUGGAUACACAUCGUGUUCAACCCCUGUUCUCUCCUGGCCGCGGGAUGAUUUGGGUGCAAACACUCAAGACGACACUGACAUGUUUGUUGAGGUGAUGACACAUAUUGGAGGUUUGUCCCUAUUUCAAGAGCUUGGUGUGGAUGCUUCUGAUGCAAUGGCUAAAUUGCUUCUCGUGUAUGUGGUGCGGGACGACGAGAUUGCCGACCAAGUGCUCACUCAUGUCGGUAGCUCCUCACUGUUCAUAGAGAUUGGCAGGCAAAUACCCUGGGAGCAUGUACUAGGUGGAGUUGCAGUGGUAUUCCCUCUACUGCCACCAGCAGAAGGCAUGCUGCAACAACUACUGUUAAGGGAGAUGCAACAACAUGAAAAAAUUAUUGCUAUAAUUCGCUUACCAUGGGAUCAAGGAAAACAUGAGCUUCUAUUACAAGAUUUAGCCUGGCAACCAACCAAUGCUGGAGAAGAUACAACUCCAACCUUGCUAUGUGAACGGGAGCCAUUACAGUGGAGCCGCAUGAUGCAGCUGCGUAGCAGCAAGCACGUCGUCAAGUCUGCGGAUGACAAGGUCCUUGGGUCUUUCGGCAGGGACGGCCUGAAGAAGCUUUAUGACGACAAUUUCCCCGAGUGGAUGUCCUUCCAACAGUUUGAGCAGAUGAAUUGGAUGAACAAGUAUGUCACCAAACUUUGGCCUUUUGUUUCACAAGCUGCAACUCCAGUUAUUCAGGAACGUAUUUGGAGGCACAAGUCUGAUUGGACCCCAAGAAUAUGGAUCAUAGCAUGGGUCGCUGCCUGUUAUUUUUCUUUCGCUGAGCAGCUUGAAUGUCCAGAAAGGGAUAGACCAGCGUAUGCGUGCAAUGAAUACACACCUUCAGUCUGCCAUUUUCAAAAGAAGGCUUAUAGCCGAUCGGACAUGCAGCUUGCACACUGGUCAUACUCAACCUGCAACCGUCUCAAUUGGAUCAUUCUGCAUAGCAAGCAGCUCAGGUGUUCCACUACGUUUUCUACAAUCGUCAUCGUCAUCGUCUGGGAGCCUUGUCGUCAUUGUUUAUCGCCGGUAUUUCAGGAACUCUGGCUGGUGUGGCAAAAGAAGACUAUGUUUCGCAGGAUAGGGGUGGCUGUGGUCUCUGUCCUCUGCUUGAUCGCGGCCAUGGCGGCUAUGGCGUGCUUCUUCAUGGCACGGGCGUUGUGGCGGGCAGGGUCGCGGGAGGCGGCGCACCAAGGUGACCUCAUGAGGCAUAAGGAAGCGCUCCAGCAGGCAGAGCGCAAGAGCAUGAAUAAGAGCAACGCAUUCACGUCCGCCAGCCACGACAUCCGAUCCUCGCUCGCUGCCAUCGCCGGACUCAUCGAUGUCUCCCGGACGGAGGCUCGGGCAAACCCCAACCUCACCUACUACCUCGAUCAGAUGGAGAUUGGCACAAAGAAGCUCUUUGAUAUACUUAACACGAUACUAGACAUAAGCAAGGUGGAGUCCGGGAAGAUGCAAUUGGAGGAGGUGCAGUUCAGCAUGGCCGACGUCCUUGAAGAAUCCAUGGACAUGGCAAACGUCGUUGGUAUGUCUAGAGGCAUAGAGGUGGUUUGGGACCCAUGCGACUUCUCUGUUCUUCGAUGUGAUGCCGUCAUUGGUGACUGCAAGCGGUUCAAACAGAUCCUUGACAACCUUCUCGAUAAUGCCAUCAAGUUCACGCAGGACGGCCACAUCAUGCUCCGUGCGUGGGCCAACCGCCCUAUCGCAGGGACUUCCAUGAUCAGCACCCCAUCUAGGUUCGCUCCCCACUGGCGUGCGAGCGUGUUCUAUCGGUGGCUUCUUAGAACAAGGGAAGACGGUGCUGAGCAGAAUGCUCGCCGUUCAGUCCAAAACGAUCCCAACUACCUUGAGUUUUACUUCGAGGUGGUUGAUACAGGUAUUGGCAUACCAAAAGAAAAAAGGCAAUCGGUGUUUGAGAAAUAUGUCCAGGUGAAGGAAGGGCAUGGUGGCACCGGCCUUGGGCUUGGGAUAGUCCAAUCUUUUGUUCGUCUGAUGGGUGGCGAGAUAAGCAUCAAGGACAAAGAGCCAGGAGAAGCGGGAACAUGCUUCGGGUUCAACGUCUUCCUCAGGAUCAGCGACGCUGAAGAGCAUAUCGAGCACGGGAAGACGGCGCCGUCCCUAUUCAAGGAGCCUGGCUGCUUCAAGGGUGGGCCGUGUGUCAUCCUAGUCCACGGGGCCGAGACCCGGCGGAUCCUCCAGACAUGGAUGGAGAAUGUCGGGAUGAAGGUCUGGUCUGUCCCGCGCGCCGAGCUCCUCGCCCCGACAGUGGAGAAGGCACGCGCCGCCAUGGGCGCCUCGCCAUCCAGGCCAGCAUCGAUCUCUUCGUCGCAGGGCGGCAGUGAUGACUUGGACGGUGUAGCUGACCGGUGCUUCAGCCCCAAAGAGAUGGUCACCAAGGUCAUGCGGAACAGCAGCGGCAACCACGCAGGGCACCUCCGUCUGUUUGGCCUACUCGUUAUCGUUGACGUCUCCGGUGGGAGGCUCAACGAGAUCCUCGAGGAGGCGCCGAGCGUCGCGAGAAUAAAGCACCAAGUUCCAUGCAGGGUGGCGUGCAUUACUAACCUCAAGACCUCCUCCGAGGAUUUGAUAAGGCUCAAGGAGGCGGCGAUCUGCGACAUGGACCUGCGCAAGCCGAUCCACGGCUCCCGGCUACGCAAACUCCUCCAGGUCAUGAGAGAGCUCCAAGCCUCUCCGUUUCCGCAACAGCAUUCACAUCAGGUCGGGAUAACCAUCAAUGAGCCGCCGGCAGCGGAUCAGGCCACUGCCGCGUCAUCUGAAAUCACAUAUGCAGCGGUAGCCACAGCCGUGUCGUCUGAAACCACGUUUGUGGCGGCAGUGCCCCAGGAGCCGCUCAAGCUUGAAGAUGACAAACCUUUGGAAGGGAAGCGUGUCCUACUGGUGGAAGACAUGAGGGUAUUGCAGUUUAUCCAAAAGAAGAUGUUGAGCACUCUGGGUGCAACUGUUGUGGUAGUAGCGGAUGGAUCUGAGGCUGUGGCAAUGUUCAUCAAUGCUCUUGAGAUCGCAAGUGGUGGUGCUGCUUCAGAGGGACGGUUGGCCUUACCCUACGACAUGAUAUUCAUGGAUUGCCAGAUGCCGGUGAUGGACGGCUACAAAGCGACAAAGCGCAUCCGUGACGAAGAAAGCCGUUACGGGAUCCACACCCCGAUUAUCGCGCUGACCGCGCACUCGGAGGAGGAGGACCUGCAGAAGACCAUCCAAGCAGGGAUGGAUCUCCAGCUAACUAAGCCAAUACAGAAGGAGAAAGUUGUGGAGGCUGUUCAUCAGGUGUGGAAGGAAGAUAACUCAUGA